AUAGAUACUUAUAUCAGUUCAUCUUAGGCGUUCAGAUUAAAUAAACAUGUAUAAAUUAAUAGUGAUAGUGAUAUUAAUAAAGUCAUGUGCAGCCAAGCUCGAGUUGUGUAUAACAUUAACUUCAAGUAGAUCAUCAUCAAAAGGCAUUACAUACUCUGGACAGAACGAAAAACUUAUAACAAACCAAGAAAUAAAGUUAUUUAACAUAUCAGAAGACAAUCUUAAAGCUGGUUUCAGAAAAGAAUUAGGAAAAAGACCUGACGAUGUUUUUUUAAAAGAUCCAACGUAUUACGGCAAGCUAUUCGAAAGAUACAAAUGGCGACAGACAUACAGAAUAAUAAAGAUAGAUCGAACUGAAGUGAUUGGAAUAGUCAAUAAGGAGUACACAAUCAAAGUCACGGAUAUAAUAAAUAAUACUACGGAAACUAUUAGCGCGGAGUAUAGUUCAUUUGAAAUGGUUGAAAAUGACGUCAGUUCUUCGUGGUAUGCAGCUGGUAUACCAAAUGAUAUAGUAAGCUACAAUUUGACAAUAAAAUAUGGAUUACAAAACGUUACUUUCACUAAACAUUGGAGGGACAAUAAGCCGAAAUAUAAUACAACAAUGUUUGGCAUCAAAACUAACGGAUUUGUAAAGGUACCACCUGGUAAAGUAGUAACUAAGACGCUUUCAGGAAUGAGAACUACUAUGGUUGUAAAAGUACAUUAUAAAGCGUAUCUUAAUGGUCUAGUUGUUGGAAACUACGGACAUACAUACGGAAAAUAUCACUUUUAUUCGCCGUCCAUAGACAAUAUCAUGAAAGCUGCAAAUAUAAGCAAUGAAAUAAUAACUACAGAAGUUAUACAGCUGAAUUGGUAUACAGAUCCAAGUUUAACUGCGGUGGAUAAAAUAACAAAAGAGCCAGCCGUUAUUGAUAUUCCUAAUAAACUGUUUGGGGCUAUCAAAAGAAAUAAAAUAGGUUCGUUCAAAAGAAGUAACGCUGUUAAAAAGAAAAAGAUUAAUAUUGAUUCAAAAAAGAAAGAAAAUAAAACGUGCGUUUGCCCUGAAGCUACCACGAAAAGAAAUAAAAGAAAGCAUUUAAACGCUACCAGAAUAAUUACAGUUACUGACUUAAAAUAUUAAAACAUAAUUUAAUCCUCGGUUUGUCGAUUGAUCGAAAGUCGCUAUUAUAUUCUAAUCUAAUAUUCUAAUAUAUAAAAUUCUCGUGUCACAGUGUUUGUGCUCGAACUCCUCCAA